AUGCCAAUUGAUCCUCCUCUUAACGUUGGCUGGGGCUAUGGAAUAGUCCUAGGUCUGGGUGCUGUGUUCGCGCUGGGCAUGGUGCUCGUCACAUGGAUUCUCAAGCGUUAUAACAAUGAGUUGCAGACAUCUGAGAUGUUUAGCACGGCGGGCAGAACAGUGAAGUCGGGUCUGGUGGCAUCUGCUGUGGUUUCUUCUUGGACAUGGGCCGCUACUCUGCUACAGAGUUCCGGUAUUGCUUACCGAUAUGGUGUCUCUGGUCCAUUCUGGUAUGCCAGUGGUGCUACUGUACAAAUUCUCCUGUUUGCAACCAUCGCCAUUGAGCUUAAGAGAAGAGCUCCAAACGCCCACACUUUCCUUGAAAUAAUCAAGGCUAGAUACGGCGUCGCUGCCCAUAUUGUCUUUACUGUUUUCGGAUUAAUGACAAACAUCUUGGUUACUGCCAUGCUUCUAACUGGAGGUUCAGCUGUCGUAACUUCCUUGACUGGCAUGUCCACCGUCGCAGCUUGUUUCCUUCUUCCGCUCGGCGUAGCAAUUUACACUAUGUUCGGAGGAAUCAAGGCUACCUUCUUGACUGAUUGGGUUCAUACAUUCAUUCUCCUAAUUAUUAUAAUUAUCUUCUCGUUGGUGACCUACGCCUCAAGCGACCUUCUCGGCUCUCCACAGGCUGUUUUCGAUCUCCUAGUUAAAGCCGCUGCAGACCAUCCCGUCGAGGGUAAUGCAGGGGGAAGCUAUCUCACGAUGCAAUCUACUGAGGGUGCCAUCUUCUUCGUCAUAAAUAUUGUUGGCAACUUUGGAACCGUUUUCCUUGACAACGGUUACUACAACAAAGCUAUUGCUGCUUCUCCAGUUCACGCCCUUCCAGGUUAUACGAAAACUUCGUGUUUCGUCAACUUGAUUGAAUAUACAACUUUGCUCAAACCUCAACAAGAAACAUUGCUAACACCCUUCUUGAUCAUGGGAGGGAUAUCUUGGUUCGCUAUACCGUGGUUAAUGGCGACUACAAUGGGUUUAGCAGCUCUUGCGCUCGAAGGAAAUCCGGCUUUCCCUACCUACCCGAACCGUAUGGACGACGCUGAUGUCUCCGCGGGUCUUGUUGUCCCAUAUGCUGCAGUUGCACUUCUUGGAAAGGGCGGAGCUGUAGCAGUUCUCUUGAUUGUCUUCAUGGCUGUGACGUCUGCAAGUUCUGCAGAACUGAUCGCUGUUUCGUCGAUUUUCACCUACGACAUCUACCAAACAUACUUUAACCCAACCGCUUCAGGUAAAAGACUCAUCUACAUGUCUCAUUGUAUGGUCGUCGGGUUUGGAUUAUUCAUGGCAGCUUUCUCUGUUGGGCUCUUCUACGCUGGUAUAUCAAUGGGAUAUCUCUAUGUAAUGAUGGGCGUCAUAAUCUCAUCUGCUGUCAUUCCAGCAACACUUACUAUUAUGUGGAAAGGGCAUAAUAAGUGGGCCGCUACAUGUGUCCCCCCUAUCGGCCUCGCUUGCGCGCUCAUUGCAUGGCUCGUCACAGCAAGCAAGACCUGCGGAAAGCUCGACGUCGAGUGUACAGGAUCAAACAACCCUAUGUUGGCUGGAAACGUUAUGGCAUUACUUUCCCCUCUGAUAUUUACCCCAAUAUUCACCCUUAUCUUUGGCGUUGAUAAUUACGACUGGGUUUCUAUGGCAGCUAUUCGCAAGGGCGAUGAUCACGAUCUCGCUGCCGAAGCACACAUCGAUCUUGAGCUCAUCCCAGGGGAACGCCUUCGAACUGCCGAAGAUGACGCUGCUGAACAAGUAAAACUCCUCCAUGCGUCCAAGGUUGCCAAAAUAACCACCGUUGUACUCACUCUCGCGCUUCUCAUUCUCUGGCCAAUGCCUAUGUACGGCACCGGUUACAUUUUCUCGGAGAAAUUCUUCGCCGGAUGGGUCGUCGUUGGUAUCAUAUGGAUCUUUGGUAGCUUGUUUGCCGUUGGUCUGUUCCCAGUUUGGGAAGGGAGAGCCGGAUUGGCAUAUACCAUCAAAGCUAUCUACCUUGACAUUACUGGCAAGCAAAAGCCAGGCCAUCACCAUGCCUCGACCGCUACUUAUACCGAGGGCAAAGAGACUGGUGUCGAUACGCCACCGAAUGUUGACACUGUCGAUGAGAAGGGGCUUGAAAGUACUUCGCAUGCUGUUGCGAAAUAA